CUCGAUCCGAACAGUCAGGCAGAGCCACUCAGGAAGCGCGUGCUACGGAACCGAAACGCGCGAGCCCGUGAAUGAAGAGUGCUGUCCGGAUGUCCCUCUCAGCUCUCCUCUUCCUUGGCGUGAUAUGGGUGAUCCACGCCACCCAGUCACAAGCCCCGCCCACUAUCCAAUCAGAGCCACAAUGCGUGAACUGGGGUGUGUAUGAAAGCGGAGCGGUGAGGGUGUAUGAGGGUGAAGUGGGAAGGAUACGCUGUCCGCUCUUCUCACACCCGAAGCUGUAUAACUACGCAGACACUCAGAGCACAGGACACACACUGCUCUGGUACCGAAACACAGAAGGGCAGGAGGAGCCGGUCGACCUGAGCUUGCCAACGUUCAUCAAACAAGGAAAUGCACUGUGGAUCCAGCCGGCCAGCAUGCAGGACAGAGGAGAGUACAUAUGCAUUCUCAGGAACAUAUCAUCAUGUGUGAAAAUCGGCGUUCAACUGGACGUGGUUCCCCGUGAGGGUGACUGCCACAACACGGUGCACCGCAACAUCUCAGUCCCACUGCUGACCAACUACACACUUCGCUGUCCAGAUGUGCAGCACCUGCCGAACAAGACGUACAGUCUCGCCUGGUUCCACAACUGUGAGAAGAAGUCAUUCGAUGUGAGAUUCCAGGAUGAUUUCAGGACUGCGCGUGGUAACGAGCUGAUUAUCUACCAGAUGUUCGUUUAUUUUGCUGGGACAUACACCUGCGUCGUGACCUACCAGAGCAACAGACAAACAUUCAACUACACACAUACCGUCAUCCUCAGAGCCGUGUGCAACACUUGGCCCAAAAAUCCGAUGAUACUGAAUCCAUUUAGUGAUGAGCUUUACUCUGUCAGUGUGGGUAAGACUGCGGUGUUUCCGUGCCGCGUGUUCCUGCCGUUCCUUAAUGACGAUGAGCCGCAGGUGUGGUGGAGCGUCAACAACAAGACACUGGAGGAUCUGUCAGAGCCCCGAUACACCUCGCCUGCCCCUAAAGUACUACUAGAUGAUUUUGGUGACCGAGAUGUAGAGAGAGUGUUGAUUGUGUCACCAUUUAAAGAUGAGGAUCUGCACAAAGAGUUUCGCUGCUCUGUUCAGAACGGCAAAGAAUUCAACAGCAGGGCCGCCACACUGAAGGAGGAGGUUUACAUUCCCUCAGUAGAGCUCGGCUGUGGUCUGGGCGUCACUCUGGUCCUCGCUUUGUUGCUCUUCGUUUUGUAUCGUGUGUUCUGGCUUGAGGUGCAUCUUCUCUACCGCUCGUGGUUCGGCACAGAUGAGAGAGACACAGAUAAUAAGGAGUAUGAUGUGUACAUUUCGUAUGCACGCAACACUGAGGAGGAGGAGUUUGUCAUGGAAACGCUGAGGCGUGUGCUGGAGACGGAAUUUGGAUACACAGUCUGUAUCUUUGACCGAGACAGUCUGCCAGGCGGAACUGUGACAGAAGAGACACUGCAAUUCGUCAGUCGUAGUCGGCGCUUGCUGGUCAUACUGAGUGCAUGCAGUGCGUUUCGGGAUGCCCAGGCUCUCCUGGAGGUUCGGGCCGGUGUAUCCGCCAUGCUGCGGGGGGGGAACGUGAAACUGGUGCUGGUCCAGUUUCCGACUCGCAUGACACGUGACAAGAGUCGCAAACAGGACACGCACAAGUGCGUCAAAGAGCUGCGCCGUGCACGCAUCGCUCUAGCGCUUGUCCAGUGGGAGGGAGACAAGUCGACCUCGCUCACGUCUUGCUUCUGGAAGAAACUGCGCCUGCAGCUUCCCGUCCGCACACCGCCACACACGACAAAGCCUACCCACGAUACAUCACGUCAUGAUUGUACACAGAAAUCAGAGGACAUGUUGCUCAUGAUGGAGUCGUUACACACCCCUAAGAAAAACUCGCUCAACAGUACACCCACUCAACAUACGAAACAUAAAUGACUUAUUACUGGUCAUGAGUGAGUGUGUGUAUAAAAUCCCAUCACUCAGGGCAAGAAAAUGAACCUGCAGGGGUAAUUGCUUUUUUGCACAAAAAAAAAAAAAAAGUGUAAAUUUAUAGUCUACGAGUUUUAUAAAGUUGUUAUUUUGUUAAGUGUAAUGACUGUUUUUAUUGACAACAAUGCAAAAAAAUACAGUAUGAGUCUGGCCUGUAUUUGUUAAUUAUGUAUUUAACUAAUAAAAAUGAAAAGAAAAACUCACUAAUUCUGAUAUAGCUAGCUAGUGAUACAGCGAGAAACCCGGGGUUUCUUUUUACAGGGUAAAAGAUUUCCCCGCGUCUCUUUCUACCUAAUUAAACACAGCCGUCACAUUAGCGCUAGCUUUGUCAUUUAAUGAUGACGCGGUUUCCGUAUCAUGUUUCAUAUCUUUACAGAACGAGGACAUUGUGGAUAGAUAAAGCAGUUAGUUUAGUUUCCCUGACAGCGUCUGUUUACUAACAUUAAAUGCCUGUUUUAUUAGCUAGCUAGCUAAAGACAGCUGAAUGACCUUAAAUGUCUGUCAGAUUAGCCUUAUUUACAGUAGAACUCUACAUUACUGGUUUUCUAUUUCAACGCUGGUUUUCUACAAAACUAUUAAAAUGACUCACCUGAAAACUCUAGCAGGGUUCUUCACGGAUGUCGUGGAGAUACCUUUUUUCCUGUGACGGCUACUGCUUCUGGCAGGAAAACAAUAAAGAAAAGAAGUAUGAAAAAAACAGCCCAUUAAAAAAGCUUUAUAAAAGACAGUAUUAAGUAUAUUUUUACUUGGUAGUGUUGCACUAAGGAGGUGUCACUGGAGUACAGCGGUACCUCGGCAUAAGAACUUCCCGCUUUAAGGAUUUUUGCCUUUAACUAAAAUUUUGAAAUGUGAAGCAUUUUCGACAUACGAGUGACUGAACUGAACACCGGCUAAUUUGCGCGGCUAAUAUUUUUGUUUUUUUUUUUGUUUUUUUUUGUUUUUUUACAUUUUGUGCAAGAUUUAGUGAAGACAUAGCACCAUGUGUCCCAAAAAUGUUAUCAAGGACGGUGGCAAGAAGAAAAAGGAGACACUUUCAGUUUAGUUUUUAAAGCAGCCGGUGCUAAGAGGAAUCAUAAGUUAAGGUUAAAUGAGAUUUAAUGUCUAUUUAUUUAAUAUUUUACUUUAUUUACGUCUUUUCUAAAUGUUUUGAUUGUUUUUAUCACAACAUAUGAAUAUAGUGACGGAAAUCGGUAAUAUUGGUAAUACUUUGUAUCUUUAGUGGUGCUUGCGAUAGGAAGCACUACUAUUGUUAUCUCGCAGGCUUAUUAUAAUUUAAAAAAAAUGUUUCUUCUUAAUCUUAUUCCGUACAAAAAUUUGGCGCGUAACUGGUCCCGCAGCGUUUGUCGGGUGCUAUGACUUUUCUCAGCAGUGGGCCGUAAGUUAGCCCCGCACGGGGCAGUUAACCGCCCCCAAAAAUCCCAUAGACUUUACAUUGAUGCCAACAUCAGCUAUGUCUAUGAUGCCACGGCAAGCA